UCUGGUGCCAGCAGGUUGACUUCAAUCCCAGGGAGUUCCCGCCAACUUUGAAAAUAAUUUCAAAGGAACAUGUUAUCAGGCAACCAGCCUCUUGAAGAGAAUCCUAGAAAUCUCUGAAGCAAGGGGUAACAGAACUUUCACAAUUCCAAGAUAACUACUUCUCUACCCCUGGUCACUUUGUCCCCAAAGGAUGACCACCUCUUUCCUGAUGCAGGGACCCACUCAUCAGGAGCCUUACCUUCAUGCUAUGGAUGGACUUUAGGCUGACAAUGAUGAGCAAAUUAAGAUGUAUCGUGGAAGAGAGGUGAGACAAGAUGCCCUCUUGGCCUAGAGACAUCUUUGUCAUCUACAGAUGAGCCUGCCUCAUUGUCUCCUGUGGGCUAGCAACCACUGCCCUCCCUCUCCCAUGCUUUGGUAUCUAAACGUUUCCACAAGCCAAGAGUGACUUAAAAACAAAAAACCCAUAGCACAUAGCCAGGUUUCUCACAUGCAUAGGCUGUGUCCUCUCUCUAGAAAUGUGGUCAAUGUAAACAUUCUGGUAGGUGGCCCUUGGUCCCCACCCACUGCUUCUUCUGCACUCAUUCUUCCUGUAAGUCUAUUGAGGCUAAGUUCCCUAAAUGAUGCAACACAGGAAGUCAGCUGGAAGAAGCCCCCAACUGUGUCCUUGGCGAAUCCUCUAUGGGAAGACAAGACAGUGGCAAUCCAGUACAUGACCUUUUCACAGGGAGAGGAGAGCUACCGAUUUUAGGUCAGAAUCUGCCCAAGAAUGGAUGUGCCAGCUACCAUCUCAAUCAACAGUGAUCAUCUUGCUUGAUCUUUUCUUUAUAAGAGAAAGAUGUUAUAGGCACAUGAGGACAGUGCCUUUCCUCCAAACGUUAUAAGGAUAUUUUGGUGGAGACCAUCUAGACAGGGGAGCAUGGGUGAACGUUGGCUGGCUAGAGAAGAGGGGUCCUGGAAUUUGGAGCUGAGGACUGGAGGCCACAGAAAAGAAUGGAAUAGAAAUCCUGUCAUUGGUAACCACAGGAAUGAACCCAGAGGACACCAUGCUAAGUGAGAUAAGUCAGACACACAAGGACAAACACUACUGACACCACUUAUAUGAAGGCGAAACUGUCCUACAUUUUGACUUAGGUGUCGGUUACAUGACUGUAUACGUUUAUCACAACUCAUACAGAACUGAACAGGAAAAGAGUGGAUUUUGCUAUAUAUAAAUAAGAAAGUGAAUGGAAUAUGUUCAACCACAAAAUCAGGAAAUAAGAACAAAAGAUACCAGAUUGAGAGAGAUUUCCUCAUAGAACGUAAGGCACAACAUAAAUUGGCAUAACAUUUCAUUUUCGAACAUCGUUUAGACCUUUGGAGGGAAAAAUAUGAACACAUUUUGAAUUUCAAAAUAUGUUAAAAUGUUAAAUAUUUUAAUAUUUAAUUUCUGCUUUAUAACAGACUAAAGGAAUAUACUCAUGUAAAAAACAGGACAUUUUCAUUUAAAAAACAGCAUUUUGUUGAAACAUCAUAAUGAAACUUUGGAGAAGAUAGUGUUAUCAUUCCAUUCUGAUGACACCAAUUAACCUUCCCAAGCACAUGCACAACAAACAGAGGGGAGCCAAGGCUAAGCACAUAUUUAAAAAAACUUUCUUUUAAUGUUGAUUUAUUUUUGAGAGAGAGACAGACAGACAGACAAAGCAUGAGCGGGGGCAGAGCAGAGAGAGAGGGAGACACAGAAUCUGAAGUAGGCUCCAGGCUCUGAGCUGUCAGCACAGAGCCCGAUGCGGGGCUAGAACCCACGGACUGUGACAUCAUGACCUGAGCCAAAGUUGGACACUCAACCAACUGAGCCACCCAGGUGCCCCUAAACACAUAUUUUUUAAAUGAUUCUAAGGUUUCUUCUCUGUACAUCGUCUUCUGCCUUCCCUGGGUGUAAUGUCCACAUUUCAGAUUUUAGAAGUGGGCCCUGAAACAAAUGAGUUUCAGGUGGGGCACACAACUGUCAGAGGAUCUGGUUAGACCACAGAUAUGAUCAGAUGUGUCUUUAUACCUCAUGGUCAGAGGUAGAGGGAAAACCGUGAACCUUCUCUUGUUUAAAAAAAAAAAAAAAAGGUCAGGUGAAAGCCCCAUGGCAAUUAGUGCUAGGCUUUACCCACCACAUCCUGUGGCAUCUUCCUGGCCUGCUGGCCUGCUGGCCUCCAUCUCCACAUUCGCCUGGAAGAAUCUAGGCUAUGACCUCCACAUUCACUGCCCUGCUCUGCCUUGGUGAGUUCUCUCCUGAGAGGGAGACACAAUCCUGGGGUCUGGACAUGGGUGGGGUGGCAUGGCUCACUGUUCCUAUCUUCCAGGGCUAUAUCUGAGCCAGACCAUCAGCGCCCAGACACGUGAGUCCCUCCGUCAGAGCCCCAGGGUCUCUUUUCUGGACUCAGGCUAAGUAUCCACCUACAAGCAACCGGAGGAGGGGACAGGGGCUAUGGUUUGCUAGGAAGGCUUGAGGCCAGCAACCGGGUGGAAAUGUGGGUGGGAAGGGGCUUUAUGUAGAACUCCUGCCUCUGAUUCCCUUACAGAGAUUCUUUCAAAACCCGUCAUAUGGGCCAAGCCCAAUUUCAUGAUUCCGAAGGGAAGGCCAGUAAAGAUCUUAUGCCAGGGGAUUCCUGAGGCCACUGAGUACCAGCUGUAUUUCGAGGGACGCCUCUCUGCCUGGCAGAGCCCAAGACAGCCUGGAAUAAGGAACAUAGUCUCAUUCCCCAUCUCAGCCAUGACCCUGCUCACUGCAGGGCAAUACAGGUGCAUUUACCGAAGUGGGGAGCUCUGGUCAAAUCCUAGUGACCCUCUGGACCUGGUGGUAACAGAAAUGUAUGACACACCCACCCUCUCUGUUCAUCCCAGGCCUGAGGUGAGCUCAGGAGACAAUGUGACCUUCUAUUGCCGUCUAGAGACUGCAACAAACAUGUUCUUUCUGCUCAAGGAGGGAAGAUCCAGCCGCCCACAGCCCAGAUACGGGAACACCCAGGUGGGGUUCCCCGUGGGCCCUGUGAGCACAGCCCACAGAGGGACAUACAGAUGCUUUGGCUCUUAUAACAACCACGCCUGGUCUUUCCCCAGUGAGCCUGUGAAGCUCCUGGUCACAGAAGAUGCUGGGGACACCAGCCUUGCACCCACAGAACACACCUCUUUUUCUGACUCUUGGGACCCCCACCUGCUAACCAUGAACACAGCAGUCCAGCAAGACCCUGCCCUCUGGAAUCACACUGCCCAGAAUCUCCUUCGGAUGGGUCUGGCUUUCCUGGUCCUGGUGGUUCUUGGGUACCUCCUGACUGAAGGCUGGCUUUGCAGGAAGAGAAUACAACAGGAACUUAGGAACAGGGCUUCAAGUCAGGAACACAGGAGAAGGUUCAGAACACUAACUCCUGGGCAAAUGACCAAGGGAUGGGUUGGCCACAGGUAGAGCUGAAAGCUGAUCUUGACCUCGGGCUGUGUGAGCUCUGUGUUGUGCCCGCGGAGGGGGGUUCACUGCAAGACAGCUGCGUUGGGUUCGGAGAAACUU